CUCUCUAUUAAUCCAAAUGGAUGCUCAGGCCUUUAAGAUUAUAUCUACGGCCGGUUUUGUUUCAGAAGCACCGCCUCCCGACCCAACCCGGUUUCUCCAGUCAAUGGGACCGCACGGGUAAAUUAGAAUCCGGAGUCAUUGCCUCCCCAACCUUUUUGAUUUCAGAAUCGUCCGAUUCACUAAAACCCUCCUUAAACCCUAAAAGGAAAAGCAUGCGUCCGUUAAAAUCACAAUGAAGCGCGUGUUCAAAAUCUCAGACGCAGCAGCCCAAACAGAGCUGCUAUCAAAUCUCCACAGGCACCCGUCAAAACCCAAACCUUUAAUCCCAGUUUUAUUCAAUCUUCCCAAAUCCUCUCUUUACAAAUGUUAUGGAGACGCUGUUGCCCCGAACAAGCACCCUCCGCUGCCCAAUAAAUUUCCCAGCAACAUUAUGGACUUGUUCAUUGACAAGCUUUCUCAGGUGGAGCCCCAACCGCAUCUCACAGAGAAGCUGACGCGGAAAGUGAUUCAGUUGAGAGAUGAAUUGGUAAAGAGUGUUGAUUGUUUGGAGGAAGUGGUCAGGGUUUUGGAGGAGAAAGGUGAUUGGUUACUUGGGAGUUGUGAAUCUCAGGGUGCUGUGCGUACUAACCAUGCUUUUUCCGAGUUAUUGAAAAUUUUGAAUUCUUCGCCUAAUGUGGCCAUGGAGGUGUUUAAUUGGAAGAGAAAAAAGGCAGAGCAAGGUUAUCCCAUGACCGCGAAAGAAUAUGUUAGUGGUAUCACCAUUGCUGGCAGGACUAAGAACGUAGAUCUUGCUUUUGAGCUCUUUGCUGAGGCUGCUAGUAAGCAGCUUAAGAAAAAGUCUACUUACAAUGCGUUAAUGAGUGCCUAUAUGUAUAAUGGUUUUGCUGAAAAAUGUCAAUCAGUGUUUCGGAAUUUUAAAAGGGAAAAGAAUUUUAGUCCUUCAAUUGUGACAUAUAACAUUCUUAUAUCACUCUUUGGUCGUUUGAUGCUGAUAGAUCACAUGGAGGCAACAUUCCAGGAGGUUCAAAAUUUAAAUCUCGCUCCUAAUAUAAGUACCUAUAACAAUUUAAUUGCUGGUUAUGUGACUGCUUGGAUGUGGGAUAGCAUGGAAAGAACUUUUCAGUUGAUGAAGACUGGACUGGUUAAGCCUGAUAUUAACACUCAUUUGCUGAUGCUUCGAGGAUAUGCACACUCGGGGAAAUUGGAUCAGAUGGAAGAGACAUACCAAAUAAUAAAGCAUCACGUUGAUGACAAGGAAAUCCCAUUGAUUAGGGCCAUGAUAUGUGCAUAUUGUAGGAGUUCUGUCAAGGAUAGGACCAAAAGGAUUGAGGAACUGUUAAGGCUAAUUCCAGAGAAUGAAUACAGGCCUUGGUUGAAUGUGUUGUUGAUUAGACUUUAUGCUCAGGAGAAUCAUUUAGAGAGUAUGGAGAACUUGAUUAAUGAGGCCUUUGAGCGCAAGACUGCUGUAUUGACAAUACGUUUGAUGCGUUGCAUUAUCAAAACUUAUUUCCAAUACAAUGCUGUGGACAAACUGGCAAAUUUUCUAAAGCGCGCAGAAUGUGCUGGAUGGAGAAUCUGCAGGUCUUUGUACCACUGCAAAAUGGUUAUGUAUGGUUCACAGAACCGCUUCGAAGAAAUGGAGAAUGUCCUCAACGAGAUGGACAAUUUCAAGUUGGUUUACACCAAAAAGACAUUUGUGAUAUUGUACAAGGCAUACUUAAUGAGUGGUAACAGACAUAAGGUUGAAAAAGUAGUGGGAUUGAUGUGCAAACGUGGCUAUGUGAUUCCUUUGGGAGCAUAUCUAUCAUAAAGCUUUUGUGCAGCAAUAUUCCAGCAGAAGUCGCAAGAAACAUUUAGCUAAUCAGCAUUUCUCGUUCAUCAUGAUCAUAACACAGAAUAGAGAUUUCAAAUUACCCAUAGGUACACAUCUGGUCUCGGUAUUGCUCUUGAUUGACAUUCUCUCCCUAUUGAUUGGUGUUUCAUGAAAUGUUGUUACUAGGGAAGGAUACAUUGUGUAAUUGAGCCCUCCCCUACUGCAUCACUUGAGCUCUUAUUUCCAAUUUUUAUUGUUUCGUUCAGCUGCCACAAUGGUCUUUCAGAUGUUGUGAAACUAUUCUUCAUCUUAAUAACAAUCAUCAUUUGGUCCAAAAAAAUUACUUUACGUUUGCACUCACUAGACAUCCUUCACCAAGCCUAAGAUCUAAACUUUAUUCUAGUUUGUCUGAAUUUAUGCAAACACCAAUAGUAGCUCCAAGGAGGUUGGGAAUAAAUCUGACCUGGUGGACUUUUAAAGGAUUGCCCUUGUAAUUGGUCCGCCAGCUUUACAAUUAGUUUAGGAGAAUUUGUUUCUGGUGGGGAAUUACAAGGUUCUAAGAAUGACUUGAGAAGGCUAUAGGAAAAUAUAACUGGAAUUGGACUCCGUAGUUUCUGUAAAUAUAUUCAAGGUGUCACUUUCUACCAAAUGUUCCUGCUUGUGUCACACCCCGCGUGGCUUCUGGCCUGUGACACUUGCUUAUAUCUCUAUUAUUCAGUAACUAUCAGAAUAUCCUGCCUGUAUGCUAGUAGACAUAUAGUGGGCUUUAUCUUACCCAGUUAGAUUGAAAAAGGAGUAUGAGCUGCUGCUUUCGACUAUUAGGUGGUUCUACAUGUCUAAACCUAUAACAUCUAUAUUUCAGUGGUUGAUGGAACAUUGGAACAUGUGGGACUGCCCUGGGUUAUAUUAAGUAAUUAAUUGUUUGUUGAAUGCCAACAGAUUAUUUUGGUGACCUAGCUGUUUAUUGCCUCUCUGUCCUACAAUUUACACUAACUUAACCUGGCUAGUGUCAUCUAUCUUUUGAAUUGAAAGGAAAGGGAGCAGGAGGGAUCAUGCAUUUCUUGAUCUAUAAGAAUACCUCUACAGUGACACUUAUCUCACUUGCUAAUUUCCUUAAAUUGCCUCAACGCAAUUUCAGGAACUUACUUCAUCAUAGCAAUAAAAGAUUAUUUAACUUGGUAGUGAUUAGAUGCAGUCUAAAAAUCAUUCCAAGUCUAUCUACCUAGCAAGCUGCUAGUUGAAAAUAAUUCUGAAACCCUAAACCCUGGGCAUUGUUUUUUUCUAUGUUAUGACGAGAAAUGUGAAAUUCUACAUUUUAUCUGAUUCACUCAUGUUGAGUUGAAUAAUUGCUCAUUCUUUAAACUAAAUGAAGAUAUUCAUAGUUCUUUGUGUUUAUUCAUAUG